AUGCCCGGGCACACUGGCCUGCUACGUGGCCCAGAGGGUACAAUUUACGAGAAGGAGAAAGGUUUCGACGCCAAUUUGAGAAUUGAGAUCGACCCCACAAAGAUCAGGUUUAUCAAAGAGCUGAAAAGAUCAGAGGCAUCAUCGAUAUUCCAUGUGAACAAUGAUGGCAAGCCCCUUGUUCUGAAAGUUUUCCACAACGAUGAAGACGUAGGGUAUGCCGAUGACGGGGUUCGUGACUUGAAUCGUGCUCGCUGCGAAAUCCGGGCCUACUGCACUCUCAAACAAUCUGGCAUAUGCGAUCAGGGCUAUGUGCCACAGUUCUAUGGAUACGCAUUAUCCUUGAACUUGGCUGCAUAUGCCCCUCAUCUGGAUGCCUUUCAGCGCGACACUGGCCUCCCAAGUGCUAUUCUGAUGGAAUACCUGCCGAACCCCUUGUUAAUGAACUGCGUCACUUACAGCAAAGAGCGAAUGGCCAAGGCAGUCAAUGGCAUCAAACAGAUUCAUUCAGCUUUGAUUGAGCACAAUGACCCUUAUCCCAAGAAUAUUCUGAUCGUUCCUGGUGACCCAGAAAGAGUUAUGUGGAUAGAUUUUGAUGUUGCGAUAACUUAUCCUGACAACACCUACAUCAGAGAUAGGGAACGUGGCUGGCUUGAGAUUGAAACUAGGCGCGUUGAGAGCAUCGGGUUGAAGCUUGCAGAUGAUCAGAAACAGGGUCUCCCAGCGAACACAAAAUACUACUAG